AUGUUCUUCUCAAGCUUUCCCCUGCAGAUACUUAGUCUCUUUUUGUUGAGGUACCUAUCCUUUUCGACUCGUAAUUCUUUUGGCAUACCUGGAGGACUUUGCAGAUUACUGAAUCUACAAACAUUCAUCGUUCGAGGGCCAGUUAUCUCAUUUAUUAAGUUCCCGGAACUAAUUUGGGAAACAACACAAUUAAGGCACCUGAAACUCAGGAAUUUUUAUUUGCCAGAUCCUCCAAGUUCAUCCAUUGAUGGAGAGAGGAACUUGUUUUGGCCAAACAUACAGUCUGUUUCGGGCUUGAUUCCUUAUUGUUGCACUAAGAAGAUCCUUUCAAGGUUUCAAAACAUUAAGAAAUUAUGUAUUCGGGGGCACGUGUAUGACUAUGGAGUGCACGAAGAAGUUAUGGACCUCCGUCAUCUUGUUGAUCUGCAUCAGCUAGAAACAUUGAGUGUUAAAGUUGAUCGUUAUCAGGUAAGUCACGGGAGUUCAAGAUUCCAUAAAUCGCCUGUUUUACAUUUUCCAAUAAAGUUGAAGAAGUUAAAACUGGUCGGAACUUGUCUAUCAUGGGAGGAGUUGAACAUCAUAGGGCAAUGGCCUAACCUUGAGGUGUUGAAGCUGAAACCAAAUGCUUGUCAUGGCCUAGAAUGGCGUCCAAUUGAAGGAAGAUUUCCACAGUUGAAGUUUUUGCUAAUUGAAGGUACAAAUCUGAAAUGUUGGAAAGCCACAAAUGAUCAUUUCCCUGCUCUUGAGCAUCUAGUGAUCAGACAUUGCUUUCAUUUGGAGGAGAUCCCUAUUGAGUUUGCAGAUAUUUACUCGCUACAACUAAUCGAGUUACAGAACUGUAGUGCAAAACUCGUGGCUUCUGCUGGACGAAUUCAAGAGGAGCAAGAAUCCCUAGGAAGCAAAGCUGUGGAUGUUCGUUCCUACAACGAUCCAGGUAGGAAAAGGAAAGCACAUGAGAAACUUCGUGAGAGCUUGCAACGAGUAGCAAAGGACAUUGACCGUGUUCAAGAAGAGUCGCAAAAGAUUCAACAACAUAAAGGUAGCCAAGCAUCAACGUUGUCCUUGUUACGAGAUACAAGUAGCUCAGAAAUAUUACCUAAUCUGGAUGUUUCGAACAAUAUGGUGGGACGUGACAAGGAAAAGAAAAGGAUGCUUGAAGAACUCAGAGGAGGCUCUAAAGAUGAACUAAAAGUCAUCCCAAUUGUUGGGAUGGGUGGCAUUGGUAAGACAACUUUAGCAAAACAAGUCUUCAACCAUCCUUCGAUUAAGUCUCGUUUUGAUGUUCGUGCUUGGGCUACUAUAUCUAAAGAAUACAAUGUGAAAGAAAUCCUGCUAAGUCUUCUACAGUCAAUAAUCAAUAUCGAUGACAAAGUCUACAGCAGAGAUGAGGAUGAGCUAGCAGACCUACUACAGAAAAAAUUGAAAUGUAGGAGGUAUCUUAUUGUCAUAGAUGACAUAUGGAGCAAUAAAGCAUGGGAUGACACAAAACAAUGUUUUCCAAUUGAUAAUAAUGGAAGUCGAAUAUUGUUGACUACCCGUCAUACUGAGGUAGCUAUUAAUGCUAGCUCAAGUAAUCUUCUUUUAAAGAUGAAUCUCAUGAAUUCAGAUGAGAGUUGGAACCUUUUUAAGAGCAAGGCGUUUGCAAAUGAAAGCUUCCCGCCUGAACUACAGACCAUAGGUGAGAAAAUUGCAAGCAAAUGUCAAGGGUUACCACUAACGAUUGUCGUGGUUGCUGGUCUUCUCUCCAAAUCAAAGAGAACAAAAGAAGAAUGGGAGAAUGUUGCUGAGAAUAUUAAGUCGUUUGUAACGAAAGAUCCUGAUGAACAAUGUCUACGUGUGCUCGGAUUGAGUUACAACUACUUGCCUAAUGACUUAAAAGCAUGCCUUCUGUAUUUUGGAAUAUUUCCAGAAGACAGUGAAAUUUCAGUGAAGAGAUUGGUGAGAUUAUGGAUUGCUGAGGGGUUCUUGAAGCUGGAGGGUGACUUGGAAGAAGAGGCUAAAAACCGUUUGCAGGAUCUCGUGGAUAGAUGUCUAGUUUUAGUUAGCAAAAGAAGUGCAGAUGGAAGAAAAAUCAAGACAUGUAGGAUUCAUGAUCUGGUCCAUGAGUUAUGCUUGAGAGAAGCACAAAGCCAAAACUUUUUGUUUAUCAGAAAUGAUAAAACAGGAUCCGUUCCUCGUGUGGGAUGUCAAUGGAUUAGCAUACAGAAAAGUCAACAAACUGAUGUUGAGUUUCAGGAUGAGCAUUGGUUUAGGUCCCUUACACAUAAACUUUGCUGGUUGAUUAGGACGCCUACCGAUGAUGAUAAGAGUCCCUUGAGAAGAAUUCGAUCAAUUUUCCUGUUUGCUGCACCUUCUUUCAGUAACAAUUCCAAUUUAGAGCUUGGUCAUUUGAAUUUAAUCAGAGUCUUGGACUUGAGUUCAAUGUUCUUCUCAAGCUUUCCCCUGCAGAUACUUAGUCUCUUUUUGUUGAGGUACCUAUCCUUUUCGACUCGUAAUUCUUUUGGCAUACCUGGAGGACUUUGCAGAUUACUGAAUCUACAAACAUUCAUCGUUCGAGGGCCAGUUAUCUCAUUUAUUAAGUUCCCGGAACUAAUUUGGGAAACAACACAAUUAAGGCACCUGAAACUCAGGAAUUUUUAUUUGCCAGAUCCUCCAAGUUCAUCCAUUGAUGGAGAGAGGAACUUGUUUUGGCCAAACAUACAGUCUGUUUCGGGCUUGAUUCCUUAUUGUUGCACUAAGAAGAUCCUUUCAAGGUUUCAAAACAUUAAGAAAUUAUGUAUUCGGGGGCACGUGUAUGACUAUGGAGUGCACGAAGAAGUUAUGGACCUCCGUCAUCUUGUUGAUCUGCAUCAGCUAGAAACAUUGAGUGUUAAAGUUGAUCGUUAUCAGGUAAGUCACGGGAGUUCAAGAUUCCAUAAAUCGCCUGUUUUACAUUUUCCAAUAAAGUUGAAGAAGUUAAAACUGGUCGGAACUUGUCUAUCAUGGGAGGAGUUGAACAUCAUAGGGCAAUGGCCUAACCUUGAGGUGUUGAAGCUGAAACCAAAUGCUUGUCAUGGCCUAGAAUGGCGUCCAAUUGAAGGAAGAUUUCCACAGUUGAAGUUUUUGCUAAUUGAAGGUACAAAUCUGAAAUGUUGGAAAGCCACAAAUGAUCAUUUCCCUGCUCUUGAGCAUCUAGUGAUCAGACAUUGCUUUCAUUUGGAGGAGAUCCCUAUUGAGUUUGCUGAUAUUUACUCGCUACAACUAAUCGAGUUACAGAACUGUACUGCGAAACUCGUGGCUUCUACUGUGCUUAUUCAAGAAGAGCAAGAAUCCCUAGGAAGCAAAGCUGUGGACGUUCGUUCUUACAACGAUCCAGCUGAAUGUGAACUAAAUGGAAGUGAUUCUGAUUCAGACUGAUGUUUACCUGAGGAUUGAAGACUUUCAGACUUGAUUUGUUAAUCAUUUGCUUAUCUUAUUCCAUAAUUGGAGUUUAUCUGAAUGAACAUUGGGGCUAUUGCAGACCAACAUUAACUGUUGCUAAGGCAUUAUCAGUGAGAUAUGAGAUCGAGGAGAAGUAGUCGAGAUAUACACAAGUUGAUCCCCAUUUCAAUUUGUUUUUCUUACUCUACUUUUUUUGUUAGUCUCAAAAAGAAUGUCUAUUUCCUUUUUUUUGGCAACUUCUUAUUUAAACUUUCCAUAUGACUGAUGAUAUAUUUAA